UAAUCACCAUGUCACCGCAGGGGCUCAGCACAUUAGACUACUUUUGGACUCGGUGUACUUUCAGCUCCCUCUGUUCUCGGGAUUCCGCACUAGUCGGCCGGUCAUUCUGCUCCUGAAAUAGCCGCGGGAGAGAAACCGAAUCCGGCGAGCGGAGAACUGAAACCGAAAUCUGACACCGAGUCCGGGGCUCACAGAGCCGGUCAGCGUGCUGAGCUUCACCGGGAACCCAGCGAGCUAACUGAGCUAGAUUAGCAGCAUUUUCUGGAGUUUUCCUGAAUGAACUGGAGUGUAGAGACUCACGGCUUCUUACCGGAGGCAGAGUAAGGGCAGGGUUAGCGGUCUGUAGACUCGUUUAUCGAAGUUAUUCAGGUAUUUCUGAUAAGUUUGGUUCCUGUUUUAAGCUAAAAGGCGCAGCGCAGAAGCGCCGGAGCCCGAAAAGCUGUUCGUUUCUUCUGAUUUCGGUUUCGCGCCGCCGUCCGCGCGUCUCCUUUAACGUUAGCUAAGUUAGCGGUAGCCCGCGGGUAGUUAGCGUUUAAACUAGUUUACAGUUCAUACUUCAUCGUAUUUCUGCCGACUUUCAGCUCCGGUAAGUUUGAUAAAAAUGCCUCAGAAGCGUCGCUCGCAGUCCUGGGCAGAGCUGAAACAGGCCGGCAACGAGUGCUUCAAGACCGGGCAGUACGGAGAGGCUGCGUCCCUCUACAGCCAAGCCAUCAACAUGCUAGAAAAGUCGGGUCAGAAGAAACCAGAGGAUCUGAGUAUUUUGUAUUCAAAUCGGGCAGCCAGUUACCUGAAGGAUGGAAACUGCAGUGAAUGCAUUAAGGAUUGCUCAGUGUCCCUGGAGCUGGUGCCGUUUGGGAUUAAAUCCUUGCUUCGCCGCGCUGCAGCUUAUGAGGCUAUUGAGAGAUACAGACAAGCCUACGUUGACUAUAAAACAGUACUGCAGAUCGACUGCAACGUACAGGCAGCUCACGAUGGCACCAACAGAAUGACGAAGGCCCUGACAGACAUGGAUGGACCAGCUUGGCGCGAGAAGCUUCCUCCGAUCCCCACUGUUCCCCUGGAAGUGAAGGAGAAACUACUGCAAGCUGCGAGCUCAGCGCCCCCUGCCCAGCAGAACGGCAUCAAGGAGAACAGCAAUAAAACAGUUGGUGACGUCAAAAAGGCCAGGCUUCUGAAGGAGGAGGGUAACGCUCUUGUGAAGAAAGGAGAGCACAAGAAGGCAGUCGAGAAAUACACACAGUCUCUCGGUCAGGACCCCACUGAGGUCACAACGUAUACAAACAGGGCUCUGUGCUACCUGUCUCUAAAGAUGUACAAGGAAGCUGUGAAAGACUGUGAAGAGGCUCUUCGGCUGGACUCGGCUAACAUUAAAGCUCUGUACAGACGUGCACAGGCUUACAAGGAGCUGAAAGACAAGAAAGCCUGUGUGCAGGAUCUGAACAGCCUGCUGAAGAUCGAGCCAAAGAACACAGCUGCACAGAAGCUACUGCAGGAAGUACAGAAGAUGAAAUAACAUUUU